UUGUUUCGUCGCUUAUAUAAAAGGGCCCGAAGUGCUUUUGAUCGAAGAAAAUCAUUUUACGUCUAUGAAGAGAACAAGAAAGAAAAAAGAAAAUCUUCAAUUCCAAUUUGAAUUUGCAGAGAAACAAACAAAAGUCCGGAAAUCCAAUAAAUCAAUUUUUGAAUUUUUUAUGGGAAUAGAAAGGAGAGAUUUGAGCGAAUGGCUGCUUAUUAAAUUUUUCCUCUUCACCUUUCGGAUUGACGUCGGCAAAACUUAAUUGUUUGGGUCCAUCCAAUCGCUAGCGUUGCAUCGCCGAUAAAGCCGGGAGUUAAGGAAAGUGAGUAAAUGAAAUCUCGCUUUCUUCUGCCUUGUUUACUGGGAGAAGGUUUUCUAGCGAAUCGAGGGAUGAUCCGAGUCUCGAGUGUGAUGUUAUUUAUGCUUAGAGUCUCGGGGUUUUAUCUGAAAUUAAAGUGGAAAUCUCCGGUAAGAUAGAGAUUUGGGUUCCAGCCAAUAUAUUCAUCGCAUGCUACCAAGGAGACCGAGCAAACCCAAUACCUUGACAGCAAAUGGGAAACGCAGGCAAAAUCUGCAGGCUUAAGGCGAUGCCGGUUGCUAGAGCUAGCGGCUCGAGAGAUGCGGGGCGGCCCAUUCUAACGACUCCCAUACGGUCUCCAGCCUAAAGUAUCAGCCUAACGUUUUCCUGUCUGGCUCCACCAACUCGGCUCCUAUCAUCUACGUAUAAAAGUGAAGGCAUUAGGGUUCGCUUCUUUCUCUCGCACCUCCAGAGAGUACAGACAGUGUCCUCUAGCUGUCUUCUCUUUCCUUCGUCACAUUCUCUGUCUGUCUCUCUGUACUGUCCGUUUCUUCUGGGUUUGUCUCCCACGUUCAGAUUUCUUGUUUUAAUCGGGACGUUUAAAAGGCUUACGACCAUCCCUGGACCUAUCAGCCCUACAACGUCACCCAUCCAGAAUGUUGGACUCCAGCUCAGCAGGAGAUAAGCAGAGCCAUCACGGAGCAGACAGUCCCGAUAAUUCUGGGGAGGAUGAUCCAAAGAAGAAAAAGCGGCAAAGGAGACAAAGGACACAUUUCACAAGUCAACAGUUACAAGAAUUAGAAGCUACAUUCGCUAGAAAUCGCUAUCCCGAUAUGUCUACUCGUGAAGAAAUAGCCAUGUGGACAAAUCUAACAGAAGCAAGAGUCAGGGUCUGGUUUAAGAAUAGACGAGCAAAAUGGAGGAAGCGAGAACGAAAUGCAGCAGCUGAACUAAAAAACGGAUUCGGUACACAGUUUAAUGGACUGAUGCAACCUUUCGAUGAUAGUCUUUACUCCGGUUAUUCCUCUUACAACAAUUGGGCAUCCAAAGUGCCAAGUCCGUUGGGUGCCAAGAGUUUUCCGUGGCCAGGACUAAAUUCGGUGAAUGUCAAUCCCUUGUCGACAGUCGUACCGAGUCAAGGAAUGAGUUGUUUCAACACGUCAUCACCAGGCAUCACCAGUUCCAACAUUAUGCCCAACGUCAAUAUGCCGGCCGUCAAUAGCUUGAGCAACCCUACCCCUCCUUGUCCUUAUGCAGCGGCCACACCACCCUACGUUUACAGAGAGCAGUGUUCCUCUAUGUCGUCGAGCAUCGCUUCCUUGCGGUUGAAGGCGAAGCAACAUACGGCUGCCGGUUUCGGCACUUACCCGCCCAUGUCACCCAGACAGACCCCGACGCUAUCACCCUGCCAAUACGCAACCGUUGAUAGACCAACUGUUUAGGUUACGGAAUAUGUGGUGUUGUGUGUGUACAGACAAUGUGGACAGCAGCAUUUACCGUCGUCACCUAGAAUGGCAAUAAUCCAUGACAGUUAGGCCUAGCGACUCUAUUCAAUAACCAUCUGUUAAAAAAGCCAAAAAAUGUGGCAUUCGGCAACUGCUGACCUUCGUUUUAUCUAGCCACUCACAGUAAAAAGGGGGCCGUCAAAACCGUGUCAGUAGUCUAGUCAGUCGAGUCUUUUGGGUAGAUUUUAGUUGACACUCGUGAGGCGGCGUCCAACUGGGCGCUUUAAUAGUAACCAAUCCUUCUAUUCGAACGCGACAAAGUUAUUUAUUUGUCUCAUUCCUAUUUCCAUAGAAUCGGCAAAAUGCGAACUAUUUUGCAAAAAUAUAGCUCAGACUAUAUAUAUAAAUAAAUAUAUAUAUAUAUAUAAAGUUUCGCACAAAGAAGCGGAAAAGAGUGCAUGACUACGUCCUGAUAUUGGCCUACACACUUCAGUCUCGGCUUUCUGUAUUAUGUAGCCUCUAAUUCUGGUUUUAACCCGUUGAAGUUUCAGAGUGUUAGAAGCUUUGAAACAUUCCGGACGUUUUAUGCCAAACUUGCAUUUCUUUCGAGAAGUGAUUGUGCAUCAAGAUUAAUCCCAAAGUGGACUGGAGUGAAACUCUACUAACGCAAAUAUAACUUGUAUUAUGCAAAGAGUCGACAAGUAUUUAAUGAAUGUUCGGAGAUUGUCCGAAGGUGAGGCAUUUACCAUUACGUUCAUUCUCUAUGUAUUUUGAUGGAAAUCACCAAUCCGGUGCGAGUGUUGGCGACUUUAGGGCCAGUUAUGCCAACGCCAACUGAAUAUAUUCGGUAGAAUCUCUGAAGAACUUAAAAAAAAAAAAAAGUUAAAAAAAUUCCAUUCCAAUAUGUCUCGCCUCGUCAACUAUAAACAAAUUUCGGAAACAAAAAAAAAAGAGAAAAACAAAUUCUAUUUCUCUAUAGUCAGACUGUUUAAGUGUCGCAAUUGUCUUCUGUAAAACCUUUGACAAAAUAAAUGGUUCUAAGAUCGGGAACUUCGCUGAAUCUGUUGCUCUAAUAAUUUAUUGCGUCGAAUUAUAUGUUGAGACAUCGGGAUUUGUUUCGACUCGAGUCUUAUCGCCAUUAAAUCCUACCAAAAUCCGACCUUACCUAUCUAAUAUCUUUUUAAAGCGAAUUCAUGUUUAUAACGUCGUAGAAUAAGAAUAAUUCUAAUUGGCAUACAAGAGAACACUUUAUUUUCUCGCUUUCGCCAUUAUGAGCUUGCUGCUAUUGAAAU